AUGGAUUUGUUUUUUAUCGACAGGAUCCCACAGUUAGUCCAAAGCAAAUACUUACAUAUGCUAAGAUGGAAAAGAUUUUGUCAGCACAGUAGUGUUAUUGAACAACUGUACCCUUUCUACCAGAAACAAGUGGCUCAAAUUAUGCAGGAGUAUAAUGAUGCCAUUCAAAGGGCUGCGAGACUCUCAAGUGUACGGGAGAGCUUUCUGACUGGAAAAGAAAUUCCUAUAAACCUGGUGACCCAGGAAGAUUUGAUGAUCUACACACAAUGGCUAAUAUGUCAUUUGCAUUCACUUAAGACCAUCCAUGCCUAUCUCCAGGUACUCCAACAUUUGCCUAUCUCUCACAGGAGAGAGGUAGCUAUUGACAGACAUCCAUUUCAAGGUGAUGGAGAUAAAGCUUCUGGAAAAAUGGAUUUUUUGUCUUUCAGGAUACAGGUCUCUAUCCAUCCUAGCACUUUAGACAUAGAGGGAACCGUUGCAAGGAGUGCACUUCCCCAACACACUGCCGACAUUGGCCAACUGAAACCACAGCUCAAACUUCUGCUUUCUCAACUGGAUAUUAAUUAUGAUGUAGAGAAUCUGAGACAUUCUGCAAAUGAGAUGGAACUUUUUUCCAUGGUCAAACAUAAAUUUAGGAGCAUUUUCAAUAAACAGCAAACAAUGAGAACAUUUCCUGUUUAUGAUGCUGGAACCCCUGGAUCAGAAAAAUUUGGCAUGAUGAGCUGCAACAUGACUUUGAAAAAGAGAGCAAAUUGGACCUCUUUUAUAAAGAUUAAGCCUCAACAAGAUCCAUGGCAACAAAAACUAUUGAUAAAACUAAAACAGUGGAAAAAGGUAGAUGAACAGUUACAGAUUCAAUCAAAAUUGUUACAGGCUUCCAAUCUGGAGUACGUGAUGGAGGCUCUCCAGGAGCAAGGGGUAGCCAUGCUAGAACCACCACCAAUGACAUCUGCCUUUAUGACUUCUUUCCAUUCAAAACAUUACAGUCAGAUCUGGGAAAAGCUGUAUCGCAAUCCAGAAUUCUAUCAGGGACAGCAAACAAAUGACACAAAUAACAAUCUUAUUAUGGCAAUUGAUGAAAAAAGCAUGGAAAAUGUCAACUUUAAAGGGGGUUCUGCUUUUUCAGGAAAGAGGAAACAUGGAAGCGAAUUGACUGCCUCAGAGUUGCUAGGUUUAGAUGAAGACCUGGAAGCUCCCAGCAAAGACCUUUCCACAAGAAAAGGUGGAUACUUGUCUGUCCUUUAUUUACGCCACUUGAGAAUCAGAGAAUUACAGAUAAUUUGUUUGGGAAUCCUCAACUAUUUCCGAUCCAUUGAAAGAACUCUGACCAUCAGCACCUCAGGUCUUGCCUCGCGCAGCGGACAUUUGAUCUCCACUGCAGAAGAUGCCAGCUGGGUGAAUGCAGCCAAAGGAGGCACUGGCGCCUUUGGAGGUCUCGGCUCACACUCUUACAUGCAUUACACUCCAGCUGACUAUAAGGUCCACAGUGUGCAGUUCAUGGAGUUUGCUGAGGUGGAGAACCAUGAUGAUUUUUACACUGUUGAAGAGGCAUACAUUCAUACGCAGGAUCAGAGAGGGGCUUUUGUAAUGUAUGAUGUGGCCCUCCAAGACCUGAAAGAGACAGAGAAGCAACUUUUGCUUGUGGCAAGCCAGUACAUUGAGGUAGAAAAAGGCCAGAAAGCAGGCUCGGAUUCCUCUAGCAACAGCUACUCGAGGCUGGCACAAACAUCAGUGGAUCGAUCGGCAGUGUUGCUUGACCUUUGGACUUGGGAAGCAGAUUUCUUAAAAAAUAAGUGGCAGCUUCUCGAUAGUUACUUUGAAGUAUACCAACAUGCUUUAGAUUCAGAAGAAAGAUUUGCAUUGGCCCAAGUAAUAACUAACAUCAUGUACAGACGUCCUCGAUUUGAUUUCCACCUUGGGUAUUUUGUGAACACUUAUAGAGAUGAAUGCACUUGUCUAAAGCUUCACCUCUGCUUGGUGAGAGAUAUUAUGAACCGACAGAUAGAGAAUCAGCGUAAAUAUAAUUAUAAAAUUUGGCGUGGAGGUCCUAAAGGUUGUAUCUCUGAAUUUGGCUUCCCCCCACAUAUAGUUACAAAACAGUUAAUUGCUCUCAGUAACAGCCCUACAGCUCUAAAGAACAUGUAUUUAUUGGAAUUCCAUUCCUCCCUUGGCCUAGUAUCUUUAAUUCCUAAAGCUCUAGACCGCAUCCUUCAAGAGUUCCAGCAAAUCUGUAGGCCAAACACAGCCAGUGAGGCCAUUAAUUUGGAGGAACAAAUACUUCAACUUUCGUUGGAUGGAUGGAUGACCAUGGAAAAUCCAGAAACUUUUUAUAGCACUCAAAUUCAGAGAGAUAUAUUUGCCGAUGUUCUGGUUGAGGAUCCUCUUAUUAUGAGAGAAAUUGUUACAUUAGCCUUGAAAUCGGUAUCAGAAGAAGAACAGAGACCGAGCAAAGAAAAACAAACUAUUACUCUGAAUGUGUUUUCAAGAUUCCUUGAAGUUCUAACCCUCCGUCAUCGGUUGAUUGAGGCAGCAAUAGAAGGAGCACAGCUGGGCAGACUGUACAAAGAAGUUGCAGAAGAAAUGGGCUUUAAUGAGUUCCAUUUGUACUUACGGCCUGUGCACUUUGAAUGUGCAACUCACAAAGAGAAAGCUGACCAGUUCUCGCCAAUAUUCAUCACUUCACUUCUAGAAGAUCAUGACCUUAACGUGGACAGAUAUAUUCCUUCUAACUUAAUGUUAGAGAUCCAAGAUAUAGACAAACAAAUUGGAAAAUUUAGCUUUGGCACCAGGGAGAGCAUUCUGCAGCUGUUACUGAACCCGUAUGGACUGGAAAACUUGCAGAUUGCUCUUGCUUGCCAAGUCACACAUAAAAACAUGCUCCUUGUAGCUGUUCAACAGGCUGCAUUUUGUCCUUCAGUGCAACCCACACUAACUGGAGACUUAAAGGAAGGACAUCUGAGUGGGAAAGGUCAGAGCAGCAGUUCACCAAAUGGAAGAAGUUCUACAGUUGGGAGUGAAGCAGAGGAUGCCUUUGUGUCUCAUUACAUUAGGCGAUUUACAGCUGGAGGUUGCAAUUCAAAGAGACCUACCGAAGCUUUUGUUUCAAUUCAGCUGGAGAAACAAGGUCCACGUGACCUGAUGCUGAAUACAUUCAUUCAGAAGAAACAAAUCUUGGAAAGUAGAGUACAAAAUCCAGAUGAAGCUGCAAAAGUCAAAAGAGAAGUUAUUGCUGAAUAUUGCCACAGGUUGACUCAUCGUAUGUCUCAGUACUCUCUUCGAAGUCAGAUCAUUGCCUAUUAUAACAGUAUAAAAGCAAUGUUGGAUGACUUUCCCAAGGUCAAGAACAAAUACUUUGCCAUAGGAUUGCCACAAGAGAAAAAAGAUGAAAAAGAAUCCAAAGAAAAAGUUAACAGUGAUCCCAGGUCAUUCCAGCCACGACCUCGUUGCUUGCUGUCUAGUGAUGGACAAUUCUUCUUGAACCUGUGGUUCAUCCCUCACCCUUCAGAAACCCUAGCUGCAUUCAAAAUGCUACCAGAGAAGGUUGGCUGUAGUGCCCUGCGGCACACAUUGCAAAUUGUGGCAUCCUUUCACGACAUUGUUGCAUACAUUUUCAGUUUUGCUCAGCUAGGAAGUGCACCAGGCUGCUUGGAUUACAGGUGUCCUUCUGAACAUCUCACAGCAGACUGGGGAGGGACCGAGCAGAUUGGAAUUGAACUUCUUGAAAUACAGAAAAAAAUAGACAGCCUUCCAAAUCCCUCAGAUCCAAAGAAAGUGUCUCACAUGCUGACCAUGCUCAAAGAAGUAAAGUUUCUUCAAUUUGAAGCAGCUGUGAGAUAUUCAAUGAGGGAAGCAUUUUUAUCAUCUGGAAAUGUUUCUGCAUAUCAGAGUAUUACAGACAACAUUUACCACGCAUUGCCUCCCAUGAGUAAUGCAGUUUUUGGAAGUGCAUUUGCUUCUCAACUCCAAAUUCCACAACUAUUAGAUCCACAUGGGCAGAGAGCAUUAAUGCUGUUUCCCUGGAGGACAUUCCUAGCAAAAGGAGGUCUAUUUCCUGAUACCAUAAGCAACCUAAAUCCCGUCAAUUCUAGUAUGCAGUUAUGUCUAUGUGGUCUGAGCAUGGAGGAUCAAAAAGUAGCUCAUGGAGAGCUGAUUGGGAUACAGUUUGUAAUGGAAGAUGUUCUCUGGAAUUCCGAAAUUCUGACUGACCACCAAGAAGUGCAAAAGCCAUUCAAAAAGGUAGAAGCUGAAAUAUUUCAUGCAGCAAUGAGAUCCAUAGCCAGACAUUGGGGUAUAGAGGAUGACUUUGAAGAAUAUGGCACUAUCCAACCAUGUUCACUCUUCCCUAAAGAAGUUUCAAAAAUUGAUGUAAUAACACACCAGUUUCAAAAACUUCUGGAAAAUGUAGAAAUACAUAUGAUCCAUGAUGUACAAAAGAAAAUUAACAAAGAAAUAACACUGGUUUUAUCUGAAAAAGCAAGAGAAGGGAGACACCUCCCUACAGAACUCUGGAAACAUCACAGCAUGCAAGAAAUGUUCUCUGUCACAAGGCCCGAAAUAGUUGAAUCAUUUAUACAGAGGCUAAUGGAAGAUCAUCAAGAAAUUAAUGCAGAGAUUAUCUUUCAAAAGGACCACUUCAAAAAAUGCCUCACCUCUUUAGCUUGUGAUGCCAUGGCCAGAGAACGUAGCAACUUUGAAACCUACUCCAUGUUCUAUGAAAAUCUGCUCCGUCGGCAACAUCAGCUACUAUAUAAAAAAGAACAGGAAGUGCAUGUCAUAGAAGACAACACAGGAGCUGUUGAAGUGGAUCUGAGUCAAAUAGCUAGACUGAGUCACGAGAUGAUUCUGGAAAUAACUGCUCUGAGAGCCAAAGUUACUGAUCUACGAAGAGAAGAUCACAACAUUAAAGAGAAGAUAAGAAAAGAAGUCCAAGAGGAUUAUGAAGCAUUGGUACAAAAUAUAUUUUUGGUGUGUCUGCAAAUAAAAGGGAAGGUAGAUGAAUACCGUCUAAGCAUGAACAAACAAAUGUUAGAGAUCAUCAGUGAGGUGAGAAAAGAAGGUGUGGAGAAAAUUAUUAAUCUGAAGAAAAAGUUUGGAUCUACAAAGGAUAACAGUGCGCUUGAAGAACAUUUGGCUCAGCAGGGGAAGUUGCAGGAACUACGGGAUGAAAACAGUGAAUUGGAGAAGUUGUUAUGCAAACUGAAGGUCUUAAAGUUUUGGAAAGAAACAAUGCAAAAAGCACAAUUUUUGACAACAUUGCAAGAAAUAGAGAAGGAGGCUAUUCAGAAUAAAAAAGAGUGCUUGCAAUCCCAGAUGAAGGCGGAAGAAGAGGCCAUUUUGUUUAAUCAUCAGUUGAGAGCUGUAAGGAAAGUCUUGGCAGAAUCUCAGAGUGAAAAUAAAAAGCUGAAGCAACAACUAGAGAAACAGGAAUACUUACUUCAGGAAGCAGAACGUAAGAUUAAUCGAGAAUUUUGUAAAAGACAGCAAUUAGAUUUGAUUAAGACAACAAACUUGGAUAAAAUGUUAGAAAACCUUGGAGAGAGAGAAGUGAAGUUGUUGAACCUGACAGAAGAAUCGGAAAAAUCCUCUAGAACAAGAAAUCUUCAAGAAGCAAAGAUGAAGAAAGAAAUUCAACAAAUAAAAAGCCAGCUGAUCCAGGAACGCAAUUUAAAACUGAAUGCUUUCCAAAGGAUACAUGAGCUACAGUGUCAACGUAAUGAUUCAGAAGCUGCAAUUUCCCAGAACCAUUCCCCUGCAGGUAUAAAUGUUUGA